AUGGCGGGCCCAGUCUCAGAAGAAGCACAGGUGAAAAUCACCAGCGAAGCGGCGCAAACCUUUAUAGACUGGUACUACAGCGCCCUCAACGACAAGAAGCCCCUCGCGAGCUUCUACGUCGACAGCAACACAAAGUACGCCUCGGCCGGCGUCAAGUCGGACAUCUCGGCCAACGGGCUGCACCUCGCCGGCGGGCCCGCCGAGCUCGAGGCCCUGCUCAACAAGCACGCCGGCCAGGGCCAGGGAACCGCGAGCCGCAGCGAGCGCGCCCGCUACGAGGUCGAAGGGUUCGACGCGCAGGUCGUCAACCCGGACUUCCGCGUCGCCUGCCCGGCGCACCUGCUGGCGGGCGCCACCGCGGCGACCUCCUCGGAGAACAACAGCGGCGGCGGCGGAGGGGGGCCCGCGCCGCGCGGCCGGGGCGCCGCGGUGCAGGCCGCCGCCGCCGCGAGCCGCGUGUCGAUCGCCGUGCAGGUCACGGGGUGGGUGCAGUACGGCGCGUCUAAGGAGUCGCCCCGGAGCACCUUCAACGAGGUGUUUGUGCUGGUGCCCAACUGGGACGCCGUCGGGCCCAAGGCGGCACGGGGCCUGAAGCACUGGUUGAUUAUGAGUCAAAACUUCAGGGCCCUGUGA